GUGUAGAAUAACUUUAACAUGGAAUCUGCUAGGCAUGUUAUUUACCGGCAUGACUUGCGAAAAUUCAUACACUACCUUGCAAUCUGUAAGACCAAUCAGACAGGUGUCAGAUGAAUGAGUCAGCUGGUUCCCCCCUCCAACAAUUUAGACUUGUAGCUUCAGUUGCCUCUAGGCUUUGACCGCGUACAGACAUAUUUGCAAAAAAAAUCCAUCCAUCAAUAAAUUGUGUCAAAAUUAAUAAAUCAAUAAACUGUGUGUGAACCUAUGAAAGUAUUAUUUAAGAUUUAAAGACAAUAUUUAAAAUGCCUUGUUCAAAAAGACAUUCGAAAACAAAUAAAUCGUCUGAGAAGUUAGAAAAUGACAGCCGAGGGGAAGCAGAAAAUGUGACCGCGUCAGUGCUGCAGGAUGAGGAAGACAAAGAUAAAACCAUUGUGAGCAGAACAUGGCUUGGAACUAUCUUAUUCACUAUAUGGAAUUGGACUGGUGGGUGGUUCAGUUGGACUCGGCAGUCGGAUGCGAUGCUACGCUGCGUUGAGAAGACAAUAUUGUCAUGUCUAAAAACAGCGUACAAGCGGUUCUACGUGGACAUCGGGUCUGUGGUGGGACAGAGCGACAAGAUAUGGACCAUCUCUCUCAACGACGACUCCAACAAGACUCCGCUGGUGCUGCUGCACGGCAUGGGCGCUGGGCUGGCGCUCUGGUGCCCUAAUCUGGACGCCUUUGCCGCCCACAGGCCUGUGUAUGCCAUUGACUUGUUAGGUUUCGGGCGGAGCUCGCGGCCGAAGUUCUCGUCAGACGCAACGAAGGUGGAGGCGCAGUGGGUGGAGUCAGUCGAGGAGUGGCGGCGGGAGGUCAACCUGGGGGAGUUCGUCCUGCUGGGGCACAGCCUCGGGGGGUACAUCGCGACCGCGUACGCCUUGAAGUACCCUGAGCGCGUCCGCCAUUUAAUCCUGGCGGACCCGUGGGGCUUCCCGGAGAGGCCGUCCAAUGUUUACGAGAAGUACCAGGUGCCGCUCUGGAUCCGCGCCGUGGUGACGGUGAUCCAGCCGCUGAACCCGCUGUGGGCGGUGCGCGUGGCCGGCCCCGCGGGCAAGUGGCUCGUCAGCAAGACGCGGCCCGACAUCGCGCGCAAGUACACCAAGUACGUGCCCGACGCGAACACCGUCAUACCGGAGUACAUCUACCAGUGCAACUCGCAGACGCCCAGUGGCGAAAGCGCGUUCCACUCGUUAAUGAACGGGCUGGCGUGGGCCAAGAACCCGAUGGCGACCCGGCUGGACAAACUGGACCCGGCGCUGCCCGUCACCGUGCUGUACGGCUCGCGGUCCUGGAUCGACAACGUGGCCGGGCAGACCCUCGCCGAGCAGCGGCCCAACUGCAAGACUCACGUACAGGUGAUAAACGGCGCAGGCCACCACGUAUACUUAGACAAGCCGGAAGUAUUCAACAAGUUCGUGAAUGAGGCCUGCGCGAGCGUGGACGAGGCGGGUGCACGAGAACCGAUGACGUCAGAACCGGAGACAAAAGAUGUCACGGACGCGACCGAAGCGCCCAGCACACCCGCAUCAACAGUGACACCCACAUCACCCGCAACACCCCCCCCCCCAACACCCGCCUCUAAUGCGCAAACGCCCACCUCUUGACCGAUGGUAGAUUGCCACUCCAUCUUGACUCAAUAGUAGUUGAGCAGUCGUAACGGCGCUGCAGUCAAAGGAGACCUGUGAAACUAUUCUCAGAUAUUGAAGUCAAUUACAGUCAAUUACAUACGUACUUCACUCUUCCUCUUCGAAAGUCGGUUAAAAACUUCACUAUUGAGUACAUUCACAAUGUAACAACGAUUGAAGUUAAUCCAAUAAUAAAUUUAGCAUCGGCUGCUUUUAACGGCAUUCGAAAAAGAAGAAAAUGUUCAACUCGAUUGUAUGUUCUUUAUUCGAAUUUUUAUUUUUUCAUAUAAGUUCUUAUAGAGAACAUACUGCGUGGACCAUUUGACAGGUCUCCUUAUUCCACAGCGCCAUCUAGCGGAAGGAAAUUGACUGAAUUUUGCGACUUAUUUUAUAGCUGUUCAUGUAUUGAGCGGAAUCUUAGCGGACGGAACGUACCGUUGGCAUAAUAUACGAAUCACCGAAUUUCAAUGAAUCAAUCAAGGAAUUCAUACGAAAUAUAAACAGUCCACACGUCCCACUGCUGGGGACAGGCCUCCCCAUAAGCAACCCGGGGUAUUGAGCAUUCUCCUGCUCCACUGCGCGUGGUGGUGUUUGGGCUAGUAGCCCCGAGACCAAAACGUGUCUUCUAAAGCCCGGAAUCAUCGUAAUUUCGAGGGCAAUCAGGAGAUUCAAAGGACUGACGCACAAAGAAAUAACAAAGCAAGAAAUUCUGACGAUCCAUCCGCUCUCAUUCUGCCUAAGUAGACACAUAUAGGAUGAAUGGACGGUAAAACUUGUGGCUAUCGAUUGUGUUCAAGGCAAAUCGGGGUUUUCGCGGUUAGACGUUAUUGUACCUGCAUUAUUAAUGAUAAUGACGUAUUCAAUUAUAUGACGUCUUUAUUUUGGCUAGAGAAAGCUUAUUAACCACGAUAAUAUGCCAUUCUAUUGCUAAGCACUGUUUUUGGACAGAUUUUUUUACAAUAUCGAUUAGAAAUAAAUAAAUAUAGAUGAUAUCCUGGCAUGAAACUGUGUGAUAGAAAAUUUGGGCAAACCAUUUUCUAUGAAUUUUGUUAUGUCGGACUAUCUCUUAAAAAUCUACCCUAAAAUUUGGCUUGUAAUUUGUUUUUUACUUGUCUUAUUUGUUCAUAAAUCAUUGAAAAAUCAGUGAAUAUAAACUAUGAUUUAUAAGAUCAUUCAUAGAUUCCGAAUCUAUGAAAUUUCAAUGGCGAUUAUACUGAAAUCAGGGCGCCAUACUUGUUGUUAAAAUAGGACAAGUAUAAAAACAGGUUAUACAGGUAACACGAGAAAUAAUAUUUAUUUAGAUUUUCUCCUAUCGCUUACGCCAUAAUAGCCUCAGGAGCUUCAGGAGCGGUCCAGCUUUUCUGUCGGGGUGGGGAGGUCACCAGGUCGCAGACAACCUGUCUUCGUAGAGAAUUAGAUAAAAUUGCAGCGGCCACCCAACCUGUCGCCCAGGGUGGAGAGGGGUCAUAGGCCCCCCCUGGAUCCGCCCAUGACUAGGCUAAUCUGACCAUGUUAUAACAUUUUCUACACAAGUGCCAUCUCAAAUCCUAUUUACAAACGUUUACUUAACACAUCAAAUAUGAAAUUUUACUUAAGUUGUAUUUAAUUUUUACCAAGUGUUCUAUUGUUAGCUACGGGUACAAAAAUGAGUGAUGAAAAUCACAGCACACGUGCAAAUAAUAUAUUUUACUAAUACUAUUAACUUAUUUGACGUAAUGAUUGUUAAAAUACCUGUUUUUCCACUGUUAAUAACCAUAACGACUUAAGACCACAGAAUAAUUGGAAUUGUAACUGUCUGGAAAUGUCACUUCAAGGCCCUGCGCAGACGACAGACUAUCCGUGACGCACUUUUUAGUCUGUGAAAAUAUAACCUAUGCAAUGAUAUGCAGUAACGCGCCGGACUUUUUGCGCGUCGUGUGCGUUACUGCAUAUAAUUGCAUAGGUUAUAUUUUCACAGACUAAAAAGUGCGUCACGGAUAGUCUGUCGUCUGCGCAGGGCCUAAUCAUGGUAUAAGAAGACCAGGUGUGCUCAAAAUUGACAGCUAACAUUUCAAGGUUAGCCCAGCUGACGUCAUCCCGCCCUACGUUGCCAUUUCGUAAAAAAAAAAUACCCACGACCAAUGUUUUUGUAUUUACUUUGCAAGGAAAUUUUGAACUUUUAGUAAAAGAUUUAUAUAUGUGACAAGUAACAGUAACCAAAUACAUUAGUCAGUAAUUCAGUUAAUUUUCAAUAAUAAAAUUUACGUCUUUGGAAUGUUGGAUUAAUUUGUUGGUAACACAGUGUUAACACUUACGUCAUCAAUGGGCUAGCAAUGGUGGCUUGUCAUAGGAUUGAGCAUACCUGGUUUUCUUACACUAUGACUUUAAUAUUUGACUAUCCACCAAACUAAAAUCAACAACAAAACUGACACACAUACGUAGGUAUACAAACAGGCGUUUUAUAUGAAAAUCACCACAGACCCAAAAUUCAGUUACUAUUUAAUGGUGAACCAAAUAUAAUUGAGGUCAACGCUAUAAUAACAUAUUUAUUGUACAUAAAUAUGGGUUAACGCUUCAUAUCCGCGGUCGAAUAUAAAUCAAAUGUCAGAAAAAAAACAUAAAGGGUAAGGAUUUUAAUAAGAACGCAUUUUUGACGUUAGAUGUAUUUUAGUUCCUAUUAUUUACUAGAUUUCAAACAUUUCCUCCACAUCCAUUCCAACUUUUAAACAAAUUGUGUUGUACUAAUAUCGUUAAAAGCUUCAAUAACCUCUUUAUAAACAAUUUAAAGAAACUAUUAUGACGAGGUUAUAAACUUAAGGGAUAAUUAAAAAAAAUAGAAAAUGUAAAACGUCUUACGCAAAUCGCACAAUGGUGUCAAUACGAGCGAACAUAAACCUCACCUAAUUUGAAUAGCUCUUAAACUGGUUCCGUCCUUCACUUACAAUAAGUGCAAGAAAGAGAGGUAGAGCUAUUUUUAUUCCUGUCAAAUUAAUUAAAAUUACGCCGGUAGGUGCCCGAAUUGGUACCAGUGUGUGUAUAUUCUACUUACUAGUUAAUUGUUUGGCCUCAGGCGUUUUGAUACACGGAGUGAAGGUUAAUUAUGUAAAUAAAGAUAAUUUAUUGAACGA